AUAAUAGACACUGCCUAAGUCUGACGUCACAGAGGUGGGCGGAGCUUAUACUGACUCCAAACAAUUUCGUUGCUAACCACAGUUGCUAAGACAAAUCGCCAAAAGUGUCAUUUCAAAUGUCAUCACUUAUUGUUAGUUUAUUUUAUUUGAACACUAAUGGAAAAUUGCAUAUGGUGAUUUACCGUUAGCAACGAAAAUGUUUGGAGUCAGUAUAAGCUUCGCCCAUCUCUGUGACGUCAAGGCUUAGGUUGUCUAUUAAAAAGUAAAAUAAUGACUUUUACCUUUUAGUUUCGUUAUCUGAAAGCCAAUCGACGCCUGUAAACGAGGUGAACACGUUUUGUGCACGAGUCGAUCAAGUAAUCGAUCAAAUCAAUUCAGAGAACCCAGCUAAAAACGAAAAUGAGAUAAACGUGGAAAUUGAGGUUAAAAAGCCUCAACAACAAAGCGACGAGGAGGAGGAUGAAAUCGACAAGUUGUUAUCGUUUAAAAGCGAUGAUUUGCUCACACCGUACAUGAAAGCGGUUAAAGAUUAUCGAAAAAGCGAAGGAAACGAUAGCUUAAUGGAAUUUUUAGAUAAAUUGAGUAACUUGUCUUCACGAGAGAAAGGUGAACUUGAAGAAGAAACCGAUAAAGUUGAUCUUGAAGCAAAUAAAAGUGUAAAAAAUCUUUCGAUACAAGUUAGUAAUAAAAACAUCGAAGAUAUCCACGAAAAACAAGGUGAAUUUUUAAAUGUGAAUCAUUCCUGUCAAGCAACUGGUUUACAAGAUGACAGUGAACAAGUUGAUUUCGAGUCAAAUUCCGAAGAAGACAUUAAAUUUAAAGAUCAAAAAGUGGGUGAAAGCUUAACGGAUUUUAUUCCAAUCGAUGAAAUCUUCAUCACACAAGACACCCAAACAAUGCCGACAAGCGAAAUAUUCAACGAAGUCGAAGAAUACAUAAAAAACAUUCACGAAAAAGAAAUUUUAAAUCAAACAAUCUCAAAAGAAGAAACGUUAUUGCGCGAAAACGCGCGUCAAGAAGCGCUAAAACAAGAUAUUUUAAAACUAAAAUUAGAAACGAAUCAAAAUCGCUCCUCCUCCAUCAUUUCGUUUAAAGAGGAAGAAGAAGAGUACGAGGAUAGUUUCGAAAAAUUAGAAGAAUACCAAGAAAAAGAGAUACAAACUCACCAAGAUAAAUUAAUUGUCGAAAACCAACAAACACAAACGAACAAUUUAAUUAAAACGACUAACGAAAACGUACAAGUUGCCAUCAAAAACGAAUUAAAAGACACCGCGAUAAACACAGAGCAAAAAGAUUUAAGUGUUAAUAUGUUCUCGGCGGAAAUUUGCGAACCGGAAACAAUUAAUAAACCGAUUUUAAAAACUGUUUCAAUUGAAACUAUUAAAACAGGAGUUUCGAAAGCUGUCGAAACUAAUAUUUUAAUACAAGAAGUUGAAAGUUUGGAAAGCGGGAGUAGUUGUUCCUAUACAAACAAACCCAAAUUGGAUAAAACCGCGAGUAUGGAUCUUAUUAGUAUCUUUGAUUCAACCAAAAAAAAGUGUUUAAGCCAAAGCAUUCAAGUUGAUUCUGAAAAUAUUAAGAACGAUGAUAAAAACGAUCAAAAUUAUUGUGAAAAUGACACAAAUUGUCGGGAAAUUCAUAAAGAUGAUGGUAAUAAUAAAAUUAAAGAAGAUGAUGAUAAAAAAUCUAAUAACGAUGAAAAUUUCAAAGACGGUAUUUUAUGUAAGUUAAUAGCUGAGGAAAAUGAGGAUUGUAGAUAUGGGAUUUUGUUAAAUUCAAUUUACGGCGUGCUUUUUACCAUUGUCUUUUUGGGGUUAAACAUGAAUUACACGUGUUAAUUUUAUUUACUUUUUUUCAUCAGUUUAGGCGAAUUUCAUUUAAUCCUUUGAAAGCGGUUUUUUUUUUAAAUUGUUGAAAUUCGAGUGAUUUUCUGUACAUUCAUUAAUAAAAUUAUAGCGCACAAAUAAAACCACAUUUCUUUCGUUUGGUACCUUAAAAACAAUUAACAUUAAAAAAUUGAAGCAAUUAAUUAUUUUUUAAUUCUAACCUAAAAACGUAAUUUUGACGUUUGGCGUUUAGAAUGACGUUUAGUUGACAUUUAAAUUAGGUUAUUAAGAACAAUGAUAAAAACGAUCAAAAUCAUGGUGAAAAUUAUGCAAAUUGUGGGGAAAUUCAUAAAGGUGAUGAUGGUAAUAACAAAAUUGAAGAAGAUAACGAUAAAAAAAUUAAUAACUGAAAAUUUUAUGUAAGUUAAUAGCUGAGGAAAGUGAGGAUUGUAGAUAUGGGAUUUUGUUAAAUUCAAUUUAAGGCGUGCUUGUUACCAUUGUCUUUAAUCUUUUGAAAGCGGUUUUUUAAAAUUGUUGAAAUUCGAGUGAUUUUUCUGUACAUUCAUUAAUAAAAUUAUAGUGCACAAAUAAAA